AUGAACAAUUCCAGUGAAAAUUUUAUUAAACCUCUCUAUCAAGAUGACAGUGAUGAAAGUGAUGGGCCGGAUGACACUAGUCAGCACAGUGAUUCUCCCCACGCUGCUCAAUACAUCGAUGAACAUGAUUUGGACGAGGAAGACGAAUUUGAGGCUGAUAGAUUGAAGUUUACUAAUUCUAAUGUAUCCAAUGGCCAUGAUUUAGUGGACCAAGAAGGCGUAGAAGACGUUAACAGCGCAGAAGACUCUGAUUCAUCCUCUCAAACAUCUUUGAACGCCUCCUACAACUCUCUCCCUCUCGCUGCACUCGCUCACGCAUCCUCCCGUCUCGAUAGCACCAAUGAUGAGCUCAACGACGACGAGCGCAAAGUAAACAGAGCACAGGCGCUUGCCAAAGCUAAAGAAGAUCUUUGGCAGAAACAGCAAGCUAAAAGGGGCAAGUCUGACACCAACAAACCAGAUAAAGUCAUUAAAGACACCAAAGAUAAGCACAAAAGGGCCAAUAAGCAUGCUCCCACAGAAAUUACAAGUAGGAAACCAACAAGCAGGAAGAGAGAUGUAGUGGAUGUAGAUAAAGUAAAAUCUCGUGAUCCUCGCUUCUUAUCACUCAGUGGCAACUUCUCCCAAGACCUGUUCGAAAAGUCAUUCUCUUUCUUGAAAGGUUCCGUCGAGAAGGAGGUGUCUAACGUUAAAGAUCAACUCAAAGCUGCUGAUUUAUCUCUGCGCAGAGCUCGCGCUUUACCCAGUAGCACUGAUGAUAAACAAUAUCUCAUCUCACAUCAUCAAGCCGAGGUCGACAACUUGACCCAGCAAAUCCAAAGCAUGAGCUCGCAGGUGAGGACGUCUCAAAAGAAGGAUAUCGAGAAGGAUACUCUUAGGAAGAUUAAGAAGGAAGAGCGCGAGAAGAUAAGUGAUGGUAAGAAGGCUUACUUUUUGAAAGAUUCCGAAAAGCGUAAACGCGUCGAAGAGGCUCAGAAAGACGCCUUACGUGCUAAAGGGGGUAACAAAGCAGUCAAGAAAUCUGAAGAACGCAAACGUAAGCGUCAUGAAGGCAAGGAGAAGAAGUCUCUGCCAUGGUCCAGAGACGGUGGACGCGAUAGUACGGGGCUCGAACCCGCAACCUUUGGAUGGCUAGUUCAACUCGGUUUGAACCCUUCGAUGAUACUAGAAGUCCAAUACUCUACCAUUGAGCCACUGAAGCGCCCGUUGCGCUAA